AUGGCUGAUCCAUCUCAACCUCAACAACCUCCUCUGUCCGCCACGCAGGCUUCAAGCGAUCCUACCAGCAAGCAAAAGCCUCUGUCUCCGGCUCCCAUGGCAUCUGCAACCAAAUAUGACAUUGCCCCCCCACAUCCUCAAGAAGCAGGCUCGUCAUCCGGGCCAACAUUAUCAAAACCACUGACCCAGGCAUCCCCUACCACACCUGGAACACCGUCUGUUAUGAGUGCAACACCGUCUUCUCUCAUCACACCAGCAGCGGCAUCCCUCACAACACCUUCUGGCAGCAGCUCCAAGAUGACCAACUCCGCUCAGCUUCUUGCUAACGCCCGCGCAAAACUUGCAGCAGCAAAGAAGACCACCACGCCAUCAGCUUCCAAACCGUCACCUGAUGCUAAUGUCCAAGUCUUCGAGAUUACCCACCUAAAGACCAUCAAAUGCGAUGUUUGUGAGCAGAAGAAUGGCGAGAUUCUUUACAAAUGUCAAAAUUGCCCUGACCAUCACCAGAUCUGCUCUCGCUGUGUCAAAAACACAGAACCACAGCCCGCUGGGAUUACAAUGGGACGGAAAGAUUGGAGUGUCCAUGCUAAGCUCAAGGAUGCACAUGCUGACUACAUGCAACCAAUCUGCAUGCACAAGAAAGAGGAUGGAGGUUACGAAUAUGAUGGAGUCAAGUUUAUCAUGGCACAAGGCAAGAGAAGUGGCAUCAAGAAGGUUCGAAAGGCAACCCCUAAGACGAAGGCUACCGCUGUUGAGCGCAAUUCUGCUGUGCAUCGAGCCCUUGGUGGAAACAAGACUACCCAGCAGGGAAGGAGGAUUGAGGCAAUGGCAAGAGCGAAACUCGAGAGAAGUCAGGACCAGAAUCUGAGGGCUAGGGUUGCUGCCGCUAGGGCGAGGAGGGCGAAACAAGAUGAAGCUGACGGUAAAGUACAACCUCAAGCUGGAGAGAAAAAGAGGAAGGCAGAUGUACUGGAUGAAGAUGAUGAUUCAAGUACGGAUGUCGACAUCGAGAAUGCAAGCGAGCUUACGACGGAGGAGGGUAACGACGAAGAUAGUGAAGCCACGCAGAAUGACGGCGAAGGCGGCUGGGAUCCUGUGGAAACGGCGGCUGCAAUGAAGGAGUCUUUGCGUGAUAUCGGGCGUGAGUGA